UAUCCCUCCACCCCUUCAUCCUUUCUCUAACAUAUAUGCUCGAUCCCACUGCUCUCUCUCUCUUUCUCUUCUCUUUCCACACCCAAACAAACACCAAUCCAACCCCACCCAUGGAGAACCAAGGCAACGACAAAACCCUCUCCUUCGUCAAAACAUCCGCCACCACCAAUGCCAGCUUCCUCGAGAGGGGAAGGCGGAUCAAGAUGGCAGCCGAGAUGGGCCUUGCCGAGUCCUCCCGUGGCCGCCACUGGAGUCGUGCCCUCGAAGACCGCCUCCUCCGAAGGAAAGGAGACAGUGCAUGCGGCUGCCAGAAGGAAGACCUGGUCCAAGACUUGGUUGGAGAAGAGGCCGGAGACGAUGAGGUGAUGGAGAUAGCGAGGAGGGUGAGAGCUCUUCAAAAGAUAGUCCCUGGCGGGGAGGACUUGGCGACGGACCGGCUCUUCGAGGAGACGGCAGACUACAUCGGGGCGCUACAGAGGCAGGUUAAUGUGAUGAGAGCGCUAACCAGCUUGCUUGAUAGGUUGGAGAAGGAGAGGAGGUUUUUUCUUUCGGUAAAGAAGGAGAAGAGGUUGAUGGGAGAGUGAGGAUGGUUCUUUAUUUCUCUUGGAGACUUUGAAAGUAAAGAUGAAGCGGAGAGUUUAUUUGCAAUUAGUCCUCCUCCUCCUCCUCCUCCUCCUCCUCCUUCUGUGGCUUCUUUCCUAUAUGUUAGUAAGUUUUGCUUUCUUGGCACUCAAAUUUUUGGCUUUGAUUUCUAUGAGAGAAAGGUGGUUUAUGAACUUGAAGUGCUAAGAGGAAGAACGACAAGAACUG